CGGUCUGUGGGUAAGGUAUAAAAGCAAAGGGUUAAACCAGGUAGGGUACAGUUUGGUGUAAGAGCAGCAGCAGCAGUACCACCAGCAGCAGCAGCAGCAGCAGCCCACUGACCAGCAAAAUGACUUCCACUGGAAUGAACAUGAUGAGCAGGAUCAUCUUCUACGAGGACAGGAACUUCCAGGGUCGUUCCUAUGAGUGCAUGAGCGACUGCCCCGACAUGUCCUCCUACCUGAGCAGGUGCCACUCCUGCAGGGUGGAGAGAGGCUGCUUCAUGGUGUACGACCGCACCAACUACAUGGGCAACCAGUACUUCAUGAGGAGGGGCGAGUACGCCGACUACAUGAGCAUGAUGGGCAUGAGCGACUGCAUCAGGUCCUGCCGCAUGAUCCCCAUGCACAGAGGAUCCUACAGGAUGAAGAUCUACGAGAGGGAGAACUUCGGAGGUCAGAUGUCUGAGCUGAUGGACGACUGUGACAACAUCAUGGACCGUUACCGCAUGUCUAACUGCAUGUCCUGCAACGUGAUGGAGGGCCACUGGCUGAUGUACGAGCAGCCCCACUACAGAGGCAGGAUGAUGUACAUGAGGCCCGGCGAGUACAGGAACUUCAUGAACAUGGGCGGCAGCGGCAUGAGGUUCAUGAGCAUGAGGCGCAUCACUGACUCCUGCUAUUAGACUCUUUGCACUGAAUAAAACUGUCAUAACCUAAA